AUGGAGAACCUGCGAGUGCCGCGAUCGUUGCUCCUGCUUUUAUUGCUGGGCCUGGGAUUAGUCCUUUUGCCAGGAUUCGCUGACUGCCGGCCCGGUGUUCAGGGAAUGGAGCUGCAAGCACAUUACCUUAAAGCAAUCACUGCCUAUCGCAGGCUGGAGAGGAUUCUACCCAGGGAGGAGCUUAGAGCUGUGACUGGCAUAGGAGUACUUAAUGGAGCUCGACAGGCGGAGGAGCAAAUGGAACAGAACCUAGUUGAAGCCAUACGAGAGUUAGUUCAUCAGACAAAUCUCACGGAAAGCAACCUGGUGCUGGCCAAGAUCGAUGCCAUUGAGCAUCAGUUGUCCAGGGAUCAGAGAGCUUUAGGAAUUCUCACUCGAGUGAUGGAUGUGCUGGCGCACUCCAAGGAUGAUCAUGAGUUCCGAUCGGAGUUAAAGGAGAUGGCCCAGCAGCAGAAGGCGGAGGAACUGCAUCAGCAGGAGCUCUCCGCUGACAUUACGGAUAAACCGCAUUUAGGCGAGAGAUUGGGUCAGUUGAGGCUCAACAUUCUCAAGCAGGUGCCGCAAAUGAAAACCGAACUGGAGGCCAAAAUCGAAGGUGCAUUGCAGCAUUUACUGGAAACAGCUUCGGAAGAUGGUGUCCUGGCCAAGGCCAAGCAAAAGGUGAUUCACAAAAGGCAAGUCAAAAAGGAAAAGGAGGCGGAAUUGGAGGAGCAGGAGGAGCAGCCGGGGAAACAGCAAGAAAUGCCGCAGGAAAUGAGGAUUAUCAAAUCCAUACUAUCAGAGGCUCAUGACUUGCGCUUCCAGGAUGACUUCCGAGAGAAUAUGGUCGAGCAGCGACCUCCAAGACAGCUGAAAAUAGAGCCACUGGAUGCAACCGAGCUGGAGGAUGAGGAGCUUACCGAAAAGUCGCCAAAUGUUACAGCCAAGGCGAAAGGUAAAGUCCAAGUGAAUGUCAAGCCGGAGAAGCAGGAAACGGAAGCUGUUGCCGCAGGAUCCUCGGAAUUGGCCACGGAUGAUGGAGACGAAGAUGGCGAGAUGGAAGGUGAUGGCGGAGGAGGAGCCACAGGAGGAGGUGGUCUUGUUGGAAUCAUAGGAAGCCUGAGCGGUGGCGAAGGUGGCUCGGAUGUGGGAGCUCUCAUAGGAGCCCUCACAGGCGUUGUUUCCACUUUAUUUGGCCCUGGUGGCCUGGACAUUGAGGGUUUGAUACAAACUUCUACUUCGCUAAUUUCUGGACUUCUUGGCGGCAAAAAGAACUUUGGCCUGGUUCUGGGUAAAUAUGUGGGCACUGCCUUGGAUGGUCUUUCAGGAGGCGGUGGAGCGAUAGCCAAUGGCCAGUUUCUGGGCAACUUUCUGGGCACCGUUGUGGCUGCAGCUAGCGCAGAUCCCGAGGAGGAGGGACCACCGCAACCCUUGACCUUUACCAAGAACCUAAUAACCAGUUUUUUUGAGGCCAAUUUCCGGCAAAACUCGGAGGAGGGUUCCGAGGAGAGGCAUGGCAGUGCGGAAUUGCCACGCCCACGGAAAAAGAAGGAGGGAGGCGGUGGUUGGGCAGCUGCUGCGGCAAAUCACUUUGAUUCCGGAGGAUUUGUGAAGCAGGUGGCUUCGCACCUGGUGAGCAAUGCCCUGGGAAUUAUACUAAAUGCCGGGCUGGGUGCCUCUGGUGGUGCCUCGGGUGCCGUCAAGGGUAUCCUGGCCAGCAGCAGUAAUGGCCAUCAUGCCAAACCGGCGGAUCAUCAUCGAUCCUGGUCACCGCACAAUCAUGACUUUGAGCCAUUCUAG